ACUCCACUUCUCCUCUCUAGCUCUCUUUAAUUUGUCAAAGUUUUGGAAGAUAUGGGUGAGGUAGCUCUCUCAAAUGGACAGAGCCAUUCUCUGAAUGGUUAUAGGAAGAGCUGUUGGUAUGAAGAAGAGAUUGAAGACAACUUAAGAUGGUGUUUUGCUCUUAAUAGUAUAUUGCAUACAGGAGCUAGCCAAUACCAAGAUAUUGCACUGUUGGACACAAAGCCCUUUGGAAAGGCAUUGGUAAUUGAUGGGAAGCUUCAGAGUGCUGAGACAGAUGAAUUUAUCUACCAUGAAUGUCUUGUUCAUCCACCAGUCCUUCACCAUCCUAACCCAAAAAAUGUUUUUAUUAUGGGGGGAGGAGAAGGAUCCACUGCAAGGGAACUGCUGAGGCAUAACACCAUUGACCAAGUUAUAAUGUGUGACAUUGAUGAGGAGGUGGUGGACUUUUGCAAAUCAUACUUGGUAGCUAAUGGGGAAGCUUUCUGUGAUCCAAGACUUAAGGUCAUCAUCAAUGAUGCCAGGGCUGAGUUAGAAGCUGGAGAAGAGAGGUAUGAUGUGAUAGUUGGGGACUUAGCAGACCCCAUUGAUGGAGGCCCUUGUUAUAAACUUUACACAAAAUCCUUCUAUGAGUUCACUGUCAAACCAAGACUGAAGGAGGGUGGCAUAUUUGUGACACAGGCAGGACCUGCUGGAAUAUUCAGCCACACUGAGGUCUUUUCAUCUAUCUACAACACAUUGAAACAGGUUUUUAAGUAUGUUGUGGCUUACUCAGCUCAUAUCCCAUCCUAUGCUGAUAUCUGGGGAUGGGUCAUGGCUUCAGAUUUUCCAUUAGAGUUGAAUGCAGAAGAGAUAGACAUGAGAAUGAGAGAAAGGAUUAAGGGGGAAAAUAGAUAUCUGGAUGGCAAAACAUUCUCAUCAGCCUCAACAUUGAGCAAAGUUGUUCGCAAUUCGUUGGACAAUGAAACUCAUGUAUACACAGAGGAAGCUGCAAGGUUCAUACAUGGCCAUGGCAAGCACGCUUAAUUAACCAAGCUUCACAACAAGUAUCACAACAUAUAUAAAGAAAACAAGUGAAAUCCCAUGUUAUGUUUUUCUUUGAUUUUUUUUUUUCAUGUGUUCCCUUACCUAGCUUUGUUCUUCUCUUUUAUUUUUCCUUCCUUAGUGUGUUGUUCGCUCAAAAAGGGUACUCAAAAAAGGUCCUUUUUUCUACGAAUAUGCAGAUAUAGUCAACUACUUAACGGAAGUACAAGGAUGGUUACUAGUACUAUGAAUCUAUCAUAAUGGGUUUGUUUUUUUA